AUGGCAGUCACACCCCAAAGACCAACGACCGGAACAGCGGCCAAGACCCAUCGACCGGCGGGACAAGCUGGUCUGGCGGGACAGGCGUUGGGGGCUGCUGCUGCUGCUGCGGUGGGAAAGGGGAGGAAGUCUUUACCAGCUACUGGAACGGCCGCGAAGGGGAGAAAAUCGAUCGGUGGAAAGACGAGACGUGAGUCUUUUCGUCGAGGGACGAGGAACGCGUAGAACCCACGAGAGAGAGAGUUCAGGUCGAGUGCGGGCCGCGACGCGUCGAGGGAGCGACUCGGGCGACGAAGUACCCUCCAAGGCCGCAUCUACGCGUCAUCCUACCUCCCAAUGUACUGACCUUCAUUCCUUUACAGCGAACCAACAAGCCGCCGGUGGGAAACCCAAACGAUUCAAACCCGGCACCGUAGCCCUACGCGAGAUCCGCAAGUACCAGAAAUCAACCGACCUCUUGCUCAGGAAAUUGCCUUUCGCUCGGGUCGUACGUUGUUACGUUCAUCGAGGCGCACGAGUUGCAAAAACUUUGACCCGUCGCUGAUUCUGAUUCUUGAUUCUUCGCGGCGGCCGAUCGGGCUCAGGUUCGCGAGAUCGCCUCGGACUUUUUCGACGACGAUGGACAGCGCGUCGGAUUGAGGUGGCAGGCGUCGGCGUUGAUGGCCUUGCAGGAGGCCACAGAAGCGUAAGUUUUUCGACGAGUGAUAGUGCACGAGGCGUCGCGAACAUGGUGGCGUGGAUCAUUCCAAACUGAUCGAGAGAGGAGCUGAUGUCGAUUGCCUUCUCAUGCGAUCAGAUAUCUCAUCCACCUCUUCGAAGACGCCAAUCUAUGUAAGCCCCAAUCCAAGAUCGCUGCUCUCUCGAAUCGAUGUAAAAGAAACUCGGACUGACUCGGCCCAUCUUCCGGAUCUCUUCUGUCCCAGGCGCGCUCCACGCACGGCGCGUUACGAUCAUGCAGAGGGACAUGCAACUCGUCCGACGAUUAAGAGGUGACUUUAUGUAA